GUGCUGCUGUUCGAUCGCAUCAGCCAAGUGCUGCUGUUCGAUCGCAUCAGCCAAGUGUAUGAUGGGCCCUCCACGCACAAGAUGCUCACCCUACGCGCGUGUGCUGCUUCUCCCUCCUCCCUCCCCACCACCCUUGGCAGGUCAGCCCUCCCCUCCUUCCCCCUUUCCCCCUUCCCCAUUCCCCCCUUCCCCCUUUCCCCCUUCCCCCCUUCCCCCUUCCCCCCUUCCUCCCUUCCCCCCUUCCCCCCUUCCCCUUUCCUCACCCAAGCACAUGACUCUCAUCCUUUGCACAGCCGCAGUCUUGUCUCUGUGCGGCAACACGCGGUGCUGUGCUCCCUCCCUGCAGCAGUGGCCCACACAGGCGGUCUUCUCUCUCUUCGACCGUGUCCUUGUGUCCACCCCCUCACUAACACCCACACCUGCACCCACACACCUCCAUCCACCCACAUUCACCAGGUGCGGCAGCACGCGGUGCUGUGUUCCCUGCAGUGGCCCACCCAGGCCGUCUUCUCCCUCUUCGACCGUGUGAUAGUGCUCAACCAGGGCAACAUUGUCUACCAGGGGCCCUGCCACACCGCGCUAAGGCACUUUCAGCAGCUGGGCUACCUGAAGCCGCUACACAUGUCAGUGCCCGAGUACCUGCAGCACGUCACCACGGAGGGCGGGGGAGCCCUCAGGGUGCUACCGUUCCCUCCAGACACCCACGUGUUACCUACCAUCAUUCCCUUCAUCAUCCUCUUCAUCAUCCUCUUCAUCAUCCUCUUCAUCAUCCUCUUCAUCAUCCUCUUCAUCAUCCUCUUCAUCAUCCUCUUCAUCAUCCUCUUCAUCAUCCUCUUCAUCAUCCUCUUCAUCAUUCUCUUCAUCAUCCUCUUCAUCAUCCUCUUCAUCAUCCUCUUCAUCAUCCUCUUCAUCAUCCUCUUCAUCAUCCUCUUCAUCAUCCUCUUCAUCAUCCUCUUCAUCAUCCUCUUCAUCAUCCUCUUCAUCAUCCUCUUCAUCAUCCUCUUCAUCAUCCUCUUCAUCAUCCUCUUCAUCAUCCUCUUCAUCAUCCUCUUCAUCAUACUCUUCAUCAUCCUCUUCAUCAUCCUCUUCAUCAUCCUCUUCAUCAUCCUCUUCAUCAUCCUCUUCAUCAUCCUCUUCAUCAUCCUCUUCAUCAUCCUCUUCAUCAUCCUCUUCAUCAUCCUCUUCAUCAUCCUCUUCAUCAUCCUCUUCAUCAUCCUCUUCAUCAUCCUCUUCAUCAUCCUCUUCAUCAUCCUCUUCAUCAUCCUCUUCAUCAUCCUCUUCAUCAUCCUCUUCAUCAUCCUCUUCAUCAUCCUCUUCAUCCUCUUCAUCAUCUCUUCAUCAUUCUCUUCAUCAUCCUCUUCGUCAUCCUCUUCGUCAUCCUCUUCGUCAUCCUCUUCGUCAUCCUCUUCGUCAUCCUCUUCGUCAUCCUCUUCGUCAUCCUCUUCGUCAUCCUCUUCGUCAUCCUCUUCAUCAUCCUCUUCAUCAUCCUCUUCAUCAUCCUCUUCAUCAUCCUCUUCAUCAUCCUCUUCGUCAUCCUCUUCGUCAUCCUCUUCGUCAUCCUCUUCAUCAUCCUCUUCGUCAUCCUCUUCAUCAUCCUCUUCGUCAUCCUCUUCAUCAUCCUCUUCAUCAUUCUCUUCAUCAUCCUCUUCGUCAUCCUCUUCGUCAUCCUCUUCAUCAUCCUCUUCAUCAUCCUCUUCGUCAUCCUCUUCGUCAUCCUCUUCGUCAUCCUCUUCGUCAUCCUCUUCGUCAUCCUCUUCGUCAUCCUCUUCGUCAUCCUCUUCGUCAUCCUCUUCAUCAUCCUCUUCAUCAUCCUCUUCAUCAUCCUCUUCAUCAUCCUCUUCAUCAUCCUCUUCAUCAUCCUCUUCAUCAUCCUCUUCAUCAUCCUCUUCAUCAUCCUCUUCAUCAUCCUCUUCAUCAUCCUCUUCAUCAUCCUCUUCAUCAUCCUCUUCAUCAUCCUCUUCAUCAUCCUCUUCAUCAUCCUCUUCAUCAUCCUCUUCAUCAUCCUCUUCAUCAUCCUCUUCAUCAUCCUCUUCAUCAUCCUCUUCAUCAUCCUCUUCAUCAUCCUCUUCAUCAUCCUCUUCAUCAUCCUCUUCAUCAUCCUCUUCAUCAUCCUCUUCAUCAUCCUCUUCAUCAUCCUCUUCAUCAUCCUCUUCAUCAUCCUCUUCAUCAUCCUCUUCAUCAUCCUCUUCAUCAUCCUCUUCAUCAUCCUCUUCAUCAUCCUCUUCAUCAUCCUCUUCAUCAUCCUCUUCAUCAUCCUCUUCAUCAUCCUCUUCAUCAUCCUCUUCAUCAUCCUCUUCAUCAUCCUCUUCAUCAUCCUCUUCAUCAUCCUCUUCAUCAUCCUCUUCAUCAUCCUCUUCAUCAUCCUCUUCAUCAUCCUCUUCAUCAUCCUCUUCAUCAUCCUCUUCAUCAUCCUCUUCAUCAUCCUCUUCAUCAUCCUCUUCAUCAUCGUUCCUCUUCAUCAUCCUCUUCAUCAUCCUCUUCAUCAUCCUCUUCAUCAUCCUCUUCAUCAUCCUCUUCAUCAUCCUCUUCAUCAUCCUCUUCAUCAUCCUCUUCAUCAUCCUCUUCAUCAUCCUCUUCAUCAUCCUCUUCAUCAUCCUCUUCAUCAUCCUCUUCAUCAUCCUCUUCAUCAUCCUCUUCAUCAUCCUCUUCAUCAUCCUCUUCAUCAUCCUCUUCAUCAUCCUCUUCAUCAUCCUCUUCAUCAUCCUCUUCAUCAUCCUCUUCAUCAUCCUCUUCAUCAUCCUCUUCAUCAUCCUCUUCGUCAUCCUCUUCGUCAUCCUCUUCGUCAUCCUCUUCGUCAUCCUCUUCGUCAUCCUCUUCGUCAUCCUCUUCGUCAUCCUCUUCGUCAUCCUCUUCGUCAUCCUCUUCGUCAUCCUCUUCAUCAUCCUCUUCAUCAUCCUCUUCAUCAUCCUCUUCAUCAUCCUCUUCAUCAUCCUCUUCAUCAUCCUCUUCAUCAUCCUCUUCAUCAUCCUCUUCAUCAUCCUCUUCAUCAUCCUCUUCAUCAUCCUCUUCAUCAUCCUCUUCAUCAUCCUCUUCAUCAUCCUCUUCAUCAUCCUCUUCAUCAUCCUCUUCAUCAUCCUCUUCAUCAUCCUCUUCAUCAUCCUCUUCAUCAUCCUCUUCAUCAUCCUCUUCAUCAUCCUCUUCAUCAUCCUCUUCAUCAUCCUCUUCAUCAUCCUCUUCAUCAUCCUCUUCAUCAUCCUCUUCAUCAUCCUCUUCAUCAUCCUCUUCAUCAUCCUCUUCAUCAUCCUCUUCAUCAUCCUCUUCAUCAUCCUCUUCAUCAUCCUCUUCAUCAUCCUCUUCAUCAUCCUCUUCAUCAUCCUCUUCAUCAUCCUCUUCAUCAUCCUCUUCAUCAUCCUCUUCAUCAUCCUCUUCAUCAUCCUCUUCAUCAUCCUCUUCAUCAUCCUCUUCGUCAUCCUCUUCGUCAUCCUCUUCGUCAUCCUCUUCGUCAUCCUCUUCGUCAUCCUCUUCGUCAUCCUCUUCGUCAUCCUCUUCGUCAUCCUCUUCGUCAUCCUCUUCGUCAUCCUCUUCAUCAUCCUCUUCAUCAUCCUCUUCAUCAUCCUCUUCAUCAUCCUCUUCAUCAUCCUCUUCGUCAUCCUCUUCGUCAUCCUCUUCGUCAUCCUCUUCGUCAUCCUCUUCAUCAUCCUCUUCAUCAUCCUCUUCGUCAUCCUCUUCGUCAUCCUCUUCGUCAUCCUCUUCGUCAUCCUCUUCGUCAUCCUCUUCGUCAUCCUCUUCGUCAUCCUCUUCAUCAUCCUCUUCGUCAUCCUCUUCGUCAUCCUCUUCGUCAUCCUCUUCGUCAUCCUCUUCGUCAUCCUCUUCGUCAUCCUCUUCGUCAUCCUCUUCGUCAUCCUCUUCGUCAUCCUCUUCGUCAUCCUCUUCGUCAUCCUCUUCGUCAUCCUCUUCAUCAUCCUCUUCAUCAUCCUCUUCAUCAUCCUCUUCAUCAUCCUCUUCAUCAUCCUCUUCAUCAUCCUCUUCAUCAUCCUCUUCAUCAUCCUCUUCAUCAUCCUCUUCAUCAUCCUCUUCAUCAUCCUCUUCAUCAUCCUCUUCAUCAUCCUCUUCAUCAUCCUCUUCAUCAUCCUCUUCAUCAUCCUCUUCAUCAUCCUCUUCAUCAUCCUCUUCAUCAUCCUCUUCAUCAUCCUCUUCAUCAUCCUCUUCAUCAUCCUCUUCAUCAUCCUCUUCAUCAUCCUCUUCAUCAUCCUCUUCAUCAUCCUCUUCAUCAUCCUCUUCAUCAUCCUCUUCAUCAUCCUCUUCAUCAUCCUCUUCAUCAUCCUCUUCAUCAUCCUCUUCAUCAUCCUCUUCAUCAUCCUCUUCAUCAUCCUCUUCAUCAUCCUCUUCAUCAUCCUCUUCAUCAUCCUCUUCGUCAUCCUCUUCGUCAUCCUCUUCGUCAUCCUCUUCGUCAUCCUCUUCGUCAUCCUCUUCGUCAUCCUCUUCGUCAUCCUCUUCGUCAUCCUCUUCGUCAUCCUCUUCGUCAUCCUCUUCGUCAUCCUCUUCGUCAUCCUCUUCGUCAUCCUCUUCAUCAUCCUCUUCGUCAUCCUCUUCGUCAUCCUCUUCGUCAUCCUCCUCGUCAUCCUCUUCGUCAUCCUCUUCGUCAUCCUCUUCGUCAUCCUCUUCGUCAUCCUCUUCGUCAUCCUCUUCGUCAUCCUCUUCGUCAUCCUCUUCGUCAUCCUCUUCGUCAUCCUCUUCAUCAUCCUCUUCAUCAUCCUCUUCAUCAUCCUCUUCAUCAUCCUCUUCGUCAUUCUCUUCGUCAUCCUCUUCGUCAUCCUCUUCGUCAUCCUCUUCGUCAUCCUCUUCGUCAUCCUCUUCGUCAUCCUCUUCAUCAUCCUCUUCAUCAUCCUCUUCAUCAUCCUCUUCAUCAUCCUCUUCAUCAUCCUCUUCAUCAUCCUCUUCAUCAUCCUCUUCAUCAUCCUCUUCAUCAUCCUCUUCAUCAUCCUCUUCAUCAUCCUCUUCAUCAUCCUCUUCGUCAUCCUCUUCGUCAUCCUCUUCGUCAUCCUCUUCGUCAUCCUCUUCGUCAUCCUCUUCGUCAUCCUCUUCGUCAUCCUCUUCGUCAUCCUCUUCGUCAUCCUCUUCGUCAUCCUCUUCGUCAUCCUCUUCGUCAUCCUCUUCGUCAUCCUCUUCAUCAUCCUCUUCAUCAUCCUCUUCAUCAUCCUCUUCAUCAUCCUCUUCGUCAUUCUCUUCGUCAUCCUCUUCGUCAUCCUCUUCGUCAUCCUCUUCGUCAUCCUCUUCGUCAUCCUCUUCGUCAUCCUCUUCGUCAUCCUCUUCAUCAUCCUCUUCAUCAUCCUCUUCGUCAUGCUCUUCGUCAUCCUCUUCGUCAUCCUCUUCGUCAUCCUCUUCGUCAUCCUCUUCGUCAUCCUCUUCGUCAUCCUCUUCAUCAUCCUCUUCAUCAUCCUCUUCAUCAUCCUCUUCAUCAUCCUCUUCAUCAUCCUCUUCAUCAUCCUCUUCGUCAUCCUCUUCGUCAUCCUCUUCGUCAUCCUCUUCAUCAUCCUCUUCAUCAUCCUCUUCAUCAUCCUCUUCAUCAUCCUCUUCGUCAUUCUCUUCGUCAUCCUCUUCGUCAUCCUCUUCGUCAUCCUCUUCGUCAUCCUCUUCGUCAUCCUCUUCGUCAUCCUCUUCGUCAUCCUCUUCGUCAUCCUCUUCGUCAUCCUCUUCGUCAUCCUCUUCGUCAUCCUCUUCGUCAUCCUCUUCGUCAUCCUCUUCGUCAUCCUCUUCGUCAUCCUCUUCGUCAUCCUCUUCGUCAUCCUCUUCGUCAUCCUCUUCGUCAUCCUCUUCAUCAUCCUCUUCAUCAUCCUCUUCAUCAUCCUCUUCAUCAUCCUCUUCAUCAUCCUCUUCAUCAUCCUCUUCAUCAUCCUCUUCAUCAUCCUCUUCAUCAUUCUCUUCAUCAUCCUCUUCAUCAUCCUCUUCAUCAUCCUCUUCAUCAUCCUCUUCAUCAUCCUCUUCAUCAUCCUCUUCAUCAUCCUCUUCAUCAUCCUCUUCAUCAUCCUCUUCAUCAUCCUCUUCAUCAUCCUCUUCAUCAUCCUCUUCAUCAUCCUCUUCAUCAUCCUCUUCAUCAUCCUCUUCAUCAUCCUCUUCAUCAUCCUCUUCAUCAUCCUCUUCAUCAUCCUCUUCAUCAUCCUCUUCAUCAUCCUCUUCAUCAUCCUCUUCAUCAUCCUCUUCAUCAUCCUCUUCAUCAUCCUCUUCAUCAUCCUCUUCAUCAUCCUCUUCAUCAUCCUCUUCAUCAUCCUCUUCAUCAUCCUCUUCAUCAUCCUCUUCAUCAUCCUCUUCAUCAUCCUCUUCAUCAUCCUCUUCAUCAUCCUCUUCAUCAUCCUCUUCAUCAUCCUCUUCAUCAUCCUCUUCAUCAUCCUCUUCAUCAUCCUCUUCAUCAUCCUCUUCAGUCAUCCUCUUCUCAUCCUCUUCGUCAUCCUCUUCGUCAUCCUCUUCGUCAUCCUCUUCGUCAUCCUCUUCGUCAUCCUCUUCGUCAUCCUCUUCGUCAUCCUCUUCGUCAUCCUCUUCGUCAUCCUCUUCGUCAUCCUCUUCGUCAUCCUCUUCGUCAUCCUCUUCAUCAUCCUCUUCAUCAUCCUCUUCAUCAUCCUCUUCAUCAUCCUCUUCGUCAUCCUCUUCGUCAUCCUCUUCGUCAUCCUCUUCGUCAUCCUCUUCGUCAUCCUCUUCGUCAUCCUCUUCGUCAUCCUCUUCGUCAUCCUCUUCGUCAUCCUCUUCGUCAUCCUCUUCGUCAUCCUCUUCGUCAUCCUCUUCGUCAUCCUCUUCGUCAUCCUCUUCGUCAUCCUCUUCGUCAUCCUCUUCGUCAUCCUCUUCGUCAUCCUCUUCGUCAUCCUCUUCGUCAUCCUCUUCAUCAUCCUCUUCAUCAUCCUCUUCAUCAUCCUCUUCAUCAUCCUCUUCAUCAUCCUCUUCAUCAUCCUCUUCAUCAUCCUCUUCAUCAUCCUCUUCAUCAUCCUCUUCAUCAUCCUCUUCAUCAUCCUCUUCAUCAUCCUCUUCAUCAUCCUCUUCAUCAUCCUCUUCAUCAUCCUCUUCAUCAUCCUCUUCAUCAUCCUCUUCAUCAUCCUCUUCAUCAUCCUCUUCAUCAUCCUCUUCAUCAUCCUCUUCAUCAUCCUCUUCAUCAUCCUCUUCAUCAUCCUCUUCAUCAUCCUCUUCAUCAUCCUCUUCAUCAUCCUCUUCAUCAUCCUCUUCAUCAUCCUCUUCAUCAUCCUCUUCAUCAUCCUCUUCAUCAUCCUCUUCAUCAUCCUCUUCAUCAUCCUCUUCAUCAUCCUCUUCAUCAUCCUCUUCAUCAUCCUCUUCAUCAUCCUCUUCAUCAUCCUCUUCAUCAUCCUCUUCAUCAUCCUCUUCAUCAUCCUCUUCAUCAUCCUCUUCAUCAUCCUCUUCAUCAUCCUCUUCAUCAUCCUCUUCAUCAUCCUCUUCAUCAUCUCUUCAUCAUCCUCUUCAUCAUCCUCUUCAUCAUCCUCUUCAUCAUCCUCUUCAUCAUCCUCUUCAUCAUCCUCUUCAUCAUCCUCUUCAUCAUCCUCUUCGUCAUCCUCUUCGUCAUCCUCUUCGUCAUCCUCUUCGUCAUCCUCUUCGUCAUCCUCUUCGUCAUCCUCUUCGUCAUCCUCUUCGUCAUCCUCUUCCUCAUCCUCUUCGUCAUCCUCUUCCUCAUCCUCUUCAUCAUCCUCUUCAUCAUCCUCUUCAUCAUCCUCUUCAUCAUCCUCUUCAUCAUUCUCUUCAUCAUUCUCUUCAUCAUCCUCUUCAUCAUCCUCUUCAUCAUCCUCUUCAUCAUCCUCUUCAUCAUCCUCUUCAUCAUCCUCUUCAUCAUCCUCUUCAUCAUCCUCUUCAUCAUUCUCUUCAUCAUUCUCUUCAUCAUCCUCUUCAUCAUCCUCUUCAUCAUCCUCUUCAUCAUCCUCUUCAUCAUCCUCUUCAUCAUCCUCUUCAUCAUUCUCUUCAUCAUCCUCUUCAUCAUCCUCUUCAUCAUCCUCUUCAUCAUUCUCUUCAUCAUUCUCUUCACCUUCUUCAUCCUUCUCUCACAUCUCGACAUCCUUAUUUUCUUUUCAUACACCCAUCUCUCCUGCGUGCCUGCCAACAGUGCGUGCAUACAAGAAGUCCCCUCAUUACAAGAACAUCCUCCGUGUCACAAGCCACCCCACGCCUCUCCUCCUCCUCUGGAUCUCCGGGCCGGCAUGCCGCGUCCUUUCCCGGAUCCGCUGCGCGAUCGCUGACGUGGCACCUGACACCCCGUCAGCAGCAGACGCCAGCGCUCCAGACGCCGCCACGUCAGCGCCAAACGGCGAGAGGAAGGGAGACCAGCCACAGCAGCAGCAGCAGCAGCAGCAGCAGCAGCAGAGCGGUGCAGCAGCAAGCAGCAGAGCAGGAGAGGGCAGAGAAGAAGCUAAUCACUCGCCGUACCAAGCAGUGGUGGUGACAGAGGCGCGUGUUUACUUCGAUGAGCCGGGGGGGAGAGGGGGAGAGGGAGGGCAUCUGGAAGAGGGGUUAGAGGCAACGGGACCGGUGUGUGUGGGGGAUGUGGUGGUUGCGGUGACAGUGGGCGAUCGAGGCGAGAUGGAGUAUGCACGGUAUGCGGGGGGGGAUGUGCCGGUAGAGGAGAUAAUGGAGAUGUUGGAGGAGGUGAGGGACAGCUCCACGUGGCUGCAUCUUGAGCUGCAGCGACCCCUCCUUAUAGUCACACAACAGGUGAGUGCCUGUGUGUGUGCUGGGCGGGGGGAGGAAUGUACCGGGGGAGGAGAUAAUGGAGAUAACACUGCAGCGACCCAGGAAGAAUCCAGCCAGGAAGCAGCCGCCCAAGGCGGCAGCAGCAGCGAUGACAAGGCGGAGGAAAGCGAGCAGCUGAUAGGCAGCAGCAGCACCAAGGCACCCAGCGAUAUGGAGGCACAGACGGGCUGUGGUGCUGCGAGUGCUGGUGGGGAUGCUGCUACUGCUGGUGCUGCUGAUGUUGCUGCUGCAGGUGGUGGUGGUGCGGGCGUGGCGGCCGCCUCUGUGAAUGUCAACGAAAGCCGUGUUGACAUCCAUGACAGCCAUGCUGACGUGGACGACACACGUGCUCUGGUCAGCCACAUUGCCAGGUGCGACAGUGCCGGACCGGGCUCGGCAGGUCCGAACGGGGCAGGUGCGGACGACGAGGGAGAGCAUGGAACGGCAGCAGCAGAAGCAGCAGCAGGGAGAAAGAAGCGCAGCAUCGCGGGGGGCAUCCAGUCGCUCCCAAAGGCCAUCCCCCGCGCCAUCACUAAAGCCUUCAAAACCAUCGGCUCGUCGGCACUGAAAGGCCUCCAGGGCAGCAGGAGGAAGAGCGGGGAGUUUAUCCAGCUGCAGGGCAAGGGCGCCGCUCAGGCUCUUAAAGCCAUAAACCUGUCGGCGGCAGCGAAGGCGUCAAGAGCGGCGGUGAUGGCAGGGCUGUGGGGCGGGGAGAACAGGGAGCUGCUGCGCAAGGAGUUGAUUCUGGACCCGUGGCCCGAGUUUAAGCUGCUGCUUAAGAGGCAGAUGCAAGUGAAUCUCAGGAACCGGAGCUUCAUUGCUGCCCGCCUGCUGCUGGUAAGUGGGAGGGAUUUUGUGCAAGCGAGGUGUUUGGGUGCAAGGUUGCUCUGGGAGUGGGGUGGCUUGCUUGCGGUGGGGUCACGUGCUGUUGGGGGGGGAGAGAACAGGGAGCUGCUGCGCAAGGAGCUGAUUCUGGACCUGUGGCCUGAGUUCAAGCUGCUGCUUAAGAGGCAGAUGCAAGUGAACCUCAGGAGCUCGAGCUUCAUUGCUGCUCGCCUGCUGCUGGUCACCCUGCUGGGUCUCUUUGUAGGCUUCGAUUCUUUCCAGCUUCUGAGGUCAUUCUGCUGGGUCUCAUCGGAUUCGAAAAUUUCCAGCUGCCAGCAGAACCGCCCCUCCUUGGCGCACCUCAAGUUCAACCUGCGGCGGGGGCGGGGGGUGAUGCAGAUCUCGCUCAUCACCAUGACAGUCAACAGCGUGACCCUGCUGGGCCUCUUUGUGGGAUUCGAUUUCUUCCAGCUGCCAGCGGACCCACCCUCCUUCGCGCACCUGAACCUGCGGCGGGGGGUGAUGCAGAUAUCGCUGAUCACCAUGACGGUGAACAACGUGAGCCUGCUGCCCGGCUACAUGCUCGAGCGCCAGGUCUACUUCAAACACCGCAGCGCCCGCUUCUUCCGCACGCGCUCCUACGCGCUCUCCCAGUUGAUUGCUAGUUUGCCGCUCUCCAUUGUUGAGGCGCUUAUCUGGUUGGUGCUGGUGUAUUUCCGCUCGGGCCACCCCUCCCCCUAUCCCCACAUCCCUUGCGCUUCCCCCUCCUCCACCAUCCCCUCCCUCCCCCCACAGGCGCUUAUCUGGUCGGCGACCAUCUGGUCGGUGCUGGUGUAUUUCCUCUCGGGCCUCACUCUCUCGGACUACGGAGCGCACUUCUUCAUCUUCCUCGCAGUGCUCUCCCUCGUGGCCAUCCACGGGGCCGCCAUGAUCCGCUUCAUCGCCUUCACCUCCCGCACCCUCCGCUCCGCCGCGUUCGCCGCAGCAAUCUUCAUGGGCCCGGGCAUGUUCCUCUUCGGCCACAUCCUCGUCGCCAAGGCGCUUAUACCGAGUUUCUGGAUCUGGCUAUACUGGAUCAACCCCAUGCAGUGGGCGUCGACGGUUCUGGCGAUCAACGAGCAGCGGAUGUUCGCUCCAGUGCAGUUCUGCCCGGCUCCUGCGCUCGUCCCAACAAACAUGCCGUACUGUGUGGGGCGCGAGGGGUGGCCGAUCGGCCGAGCUUACAUGGAGGAAUACAGCUGGAACUACCAAUGGGGGUUUAUGAUUGCAGGGCCGUUUGUGAUCCUCGCCUGGAUUGCCAUUUGGACCGUGGGGACGUAUCUGAGCAUGCGGCCGCGGCACUACAGCACCUUUGCUGCGCCGGUGAGGGUUCUAUCCGAGGCCAAGCGCGGGGAAAAACGGGCUGGUGCGAGGGAUGAGGGGAAUGGGAAGGGAAAUGGGGGAGCGGGUGGGGGAUCAGCAACGAGGGCUCUGGAGGCAGUUAAGGCGGCCCUUGGGGGCUCAGGUCAGGAGAGGGGCAGUGGGAAGGAGAGAGCAGCAGCGGGUGAAGGAGAGGGCGGUUCCCAAAAGGAGUCUGCAGGAGCAGGGGAGCAGGGAGGGCAGGGAGAGCAGGGAGGGCUGGGGAGGCAACUGAGCUACCGAGACGUGGAAUGGGGUCCUGUCAGUGUGAGGGACAGCGAUGGGAGCUCACGGUAUGCUGAAACAGCAGAGGAGGCGGCAGCAGCAGCAGCGGAGGCAGCAGGGGCAGCAGAGGCAGCGGUGAUAGACUGCAACAUCCCCUUCACCCCCUACCUUAUCACCUUCGAGAACCUCUCCUGCUCCGUGCCGCUGCCCGGCCCGCCUGAGAUCGCCUGGGGUGGGAGGUCUUCGGCUGGCGCUAGUAGGGAGGAGAGGAGGAGGAGCGAGGCCAGCCGGUGCCUGGUGCGGGGGGUGACGGGGUGGGUGAAACCGGGGGAGGUGACAGCUGUCGCGGGCGGCAGGGGCACGGGCAAGACCACUCUGCUCAACUGCCUUGCAGGCCAGGUGGCCGGGCGACUGCUGGUGAACGGCAAGCCAAGGGACCUGCCGUCGUUCCUGCGCACCACUGCUUACAUCCAAGGCGCAGAUCUCUACUACCCACUGCUCACACUCAGAGAGAGCCUGCAGUACCGGACAACACUUACUCUCCCCGACCAAGUACAAGACGAGCAACGCCGCGCGUUUGUGGCGCAGAUUUUGUCUCUUAUGGAGUUCAAGGGCGGCAUGGCGGACUGCCUGGUGCAGGAUAUUCUGGCGGACGGCGUGGGGUCGGCAUAUGUGGAGAAGCGGAUUGUGUUUGCAAUGGAGAUGGCGGGGAACCCGAGUGUGGUGUUCUUUGAUGCGCCGUUCCUGCGCAUGGAUACCACUGAGGUGGCGAAAUUCUCCGGCAUGCUGCAGCACGUAGCAGCGGCGUGGGGGAGGGCGAUGGUGGUGGUGUCGAACGCGGUUACCGCAUUCCAUCUCAACGCCUUCCACUCGCUGCUCAUGCUCGGCAGCGGGGGAGACAUGGUCUACUUUGGUCCGGCGGGGAGGAACGGAAAUGCUCUUGUGGAGUAUUUCUCGGCCAUCCCAGGCACGCCCCACGUGCCAGCCCACACGAACCCCAUCAUAUUCAUCGAGAACCUUCUAGGGGACGACACGGCCACGCACCAGCGCUCCACCGCAUGUGACUAUGCCGUCGAGUACCGCGUCUCAGACCUCGCCAUGCUCAACGCCCACCGCCUCUCCGCUCUCAGACGCGGCGGCGCUGCUACUGCUGCUGCCUUUGCUGCCCGCGCCGCUGCUGCAAAUAUCGAGGCUGCGAAAUCUAUGGGCAGGGAUGCUGCUGCUGCUGGUGCAGCCGCUGCUGGCCGUGCUCGUAGUUUUCGUGGUGCUGGUAAUUCUGGUGCUGGGAGUGGUGCUGGUGGGAGGGGACUAGGGGGAGUGGAAGCAGGAGGGGGGGGUAUGGAGCACGAGACUGCCAGCAUGGCGAUGGUGGCGUCUGACUCAGCGUGGUCCCUCGCUGCGCUGGAGCAUGAAGAGGCGAUCGCAGCCAAGGGGCCAGACGCCCUGACAGGGGCUGUGAGCGGGCUUGACACUGGGGCUGCUUCUGCUGCUGCUGUUGCUGCUGCUGUUGCGGAGCCGCUGCUCCUCGUGCCCGCGCUGCCGCCCGUGGCAGUGAAGUUCCCGAGCCCGUGGCGCAAGCUGAUGGCGGUUCAGUACAGCAUCCACCUCUUCUACUGGCGCAACACCUCGCACUCCCUCAACCGCAUCGUGCAGUCAUCCAUCCUCGGCCUCCUCAUUGGCUCUCUCUUCUACCAGUACCCCGUGCACAACCUGCUGCAGGCUACCACUGCCCACGCGUUCCCCUUUGCAGUGCGGGCGUUUUCAAGAGUGAUUCCAGUGCGGCUGAUCAUGCUCGUUUGCUCACUCGUGCCCCACUUCCCCCCCGUCUUCCACGCUCCCUCCCCUCCCUCCCUUCUGCAGGCCACCACAGCGCAGGCGUUCCCCUUUGCAGUGCUGGCGUUUGGCACGACGCUGCACGGAGGCACCGCGGUGGGUGGGGCUGUUCUUGCCCAUCUGCUCACUCUUGCACCACUCCAUCCCCUUCACCCCGGUACAACAACCCCCCUCCAGGCCACCACAGCGCAGGCGUUCCCCUUUGCAGUGCUGGCGUUUGGCACGACACUGCACGGAGGAACAGCGGUGGGGCUGGUGAAUCAGACCAAGAAGGUUUUUGCGCAGGAGCGAGUAUACAACCAGCACUUCGCUUUCCUCUACACGCUGGGCUACACCGUGGUUGAGAUCCCCUAUCUGCUCCUCACCUCCCUCGCGCUCGUGUCAGUGGCGGCGCCACUGGCAGGCCUGGCAGUGAGCAACGCGGCGCUGUUCUUCUCCUUCGGUCUAACUCAGUUCCUGGCUGCCCUCUCCCCUUUCCCUUCCCCCUCGCAGAUCCCCUAUCUGCUCCUCACCUCCCUCGCGCUCGUGUCAGUGGCAGCGCCACUGGCAGGGCUGGCGGUGGGCAGUGCAGCGGCGUUUUUCUCCUUCGGUCUAACGCAGUUCCUGGCUGCCCUCUCCGUCACCUACUUUGGCUUCAUGCUCUCCGUGGUCCUGCCACAACCCAAGUAUGCGGCAGUGGUGAUUUCCUUCUUCAUCACCGCAUGGGUGGCGACGUGCGGAUUCUUCCUGCCCUACGCCUUCACCAAAAACUUCUUCCUCGCCGUCUACUGGACCAACCCCGUCCAGACUGCACUUCUUAUCCCCCCUUCUCUCUCUUCUUCUUCACUGCACUCCUCCCAUCACCCAUCCUUCACCAGUGCGGCGUGCGACAGCUGCCCGUGCAAGUGGUACCUCAACCCCAUCAGCGGCCCGGAGUAUCUCUGGAACUUCCUUCUUGCCACCAAGUCGGCGCGCAGUGCCUCUCCAACUCACCUCCCUUUCUCCAUCCCCCUCUCUCCCUCGGCCCCCAUCCCUCUCCUCCCCUCUGCCCCAAUCCCUUUUCCUCCGUUCUGCCGCCACCCCUCCCAUCCCCCUUCCCCCACACAGUACGCCCUGAACGGCCUCACAGCAACAGCCUACUACUGCGACACCUCUGCACCGGAGUGCACUAUUCCGGGCUGCCCCGGCACCAGUGCGGCCUGCGACAGCUGCCCGUGCGAGUGGUACCUCAACCCCAUCAGCGGCCCCCAGUACCUCUGGGACUUCCUCGUCGCCACCAAGUCGGCGCGCAGUGCUGUGCACUGGGACUGGCUCUUCCUCCUCUGCUUCUGCAUCUUCUGCCGAGUUACUGCCUUUGCUGCGCUGCGCUACCUCCGCCACAACCACCGUGCAUGA